AUGAUAAAAUUUGAUGAGGUCCAAAAAAGGGCCUUAAUAUGUAGAGGAUGUGCAGGAAGAACGCUUGGAUAUGAUAAAUAUUGUUGCAACGAAAACAAAUUCAUUAAUAUACUCAAAUAACACUAUAUAGAUGGAACGAACAUAGCCUAAUUGAGAGAAAUGUUAGAUUUAACAUAAGGAUGUGAAAAUUUUUGUGAAGUGCAUGGUUACCUUUAUGAAUUUGUCUUAACUAAGAUAAAUUAGAACAAUGAUAAGUAACUUAUAUAUGAAGAUUAAAUUCUAUGUUGUAAAAAAUGCAUAAAAGAAGAGAAGAAUUUAAAAGAUUAUGAUAUUUAAUUGCUAAAUGAUGAAUAUUUUACAUAUUAAUAGGAGGAUUAAAACAUUGAAGAUUAAUAGAAAUAGGCAUCCUAUGAAAGGGAAUUUUAGAAAUAAAAAUAAGGUUUGGAGGAUUAAAACAAUUAAGAUUAAUAGAAAUAGGCAUCCUAUAAAAGGGAAUUUUUGAUAAGAAAAUAAUUUGUGGAGGUUGCGAUGAAUGAUGCUUUUAAAAAUAUGAGAAUAGCACUUAAAGAGCCAUCAAAACUAGAAAUUAAAAUAGGCGAAGCUGAAGAAAGAAAAGCAGAGAUAAAAAGGAUGAAUUUAUAAUAAGGAUAGCAACAAGUCUAUAAUUAGAAUUAAGAAGAUAAAGAAAAAGUUGAAAAUCUCAAGUUGCGUAAUUUAAUUUAUAUACUUAUUUUUAGUGAAAAAUGCUAUAGAAUAAAGAAUAAGAGCAAUUAGUAAUUUAGGAGAUGGAUAUCAUGAUUACUUACAUGAUGAAUUUUUAGAAGGAGAAUCAGUGCGUUAAAAAAUAAUUGGAGAUGAUAGUCAAACUAAAGGAUAUUCAAUAAAUGAAUGUUACAAAAUGUUUGAUAACAUUUAAUAUAUUUGA